AGCCAUGACCUCAGCCACUCCCCCGUCCUCAGAGGGCUCCUCCCCCCAGAAAGUCUGCCACUCACAGACGCAGACGGACAUCACCAAGCCCCUGCUGGGCUCCACAGGCGUGGCCGGAGCAGCUGGGGCAGGCGGAGAGGUAACAGGUCCUGGGGGGACCAGCGCUCUGCGAAGGAGGCGCCGUGUCCUCUCCAAAGAUGGACGAAGCAACGUGCGUAUUGAACACAUAAGCGGGAGAGGGGCACUGUACCUCCGCGACCUCUGGACAACUUUUCUUGACAUGCAGUGGCGCUACAAGUUCUUCCUCUUCUCUGCUACCUUCGCGGGGACCUGGUUCCUGUUUGGAGUGCUGUGGUACCUGGUAGCAAUGGUGCAUGGAGACCUACUGGAGUUUGACCCCCCCUCCAACCAUACACCAUGUGUGAUGGAGGUGAAGACCCUGACCGGGGCUUUCCUCUUCUCUCUGGAGUCUCAGACCACAAUAGGUUAUGGUUUCCGGUGCAUCACGGAGGAGUGUCCUGCCGCCAUCGUCCUGCUCAUUUUUCAGCUGGUCAUCACCAUGGUGAUGGAGAUCUUCAUCACCGGCACCUUCCUGGCAAAGGUGGCUCGUCCCAAGAAAAGAGGCGAGACGGUGAAGUUCAGUCAACAUGCUGUUGUGUCAAAUCAUGAGGGUCGUCCCUGCCUCAUGAUCCGAGUGGCCAACAUGCGCAAGAGCCUGCUGUUAGGAUGCCAGGUGACGGGGAAGUUGCUUCAGACGUCUCUGACAAAGGAGGGCGAGACGGUGCGGCUGGACCAGCGCAAUGUGCCUUUUCAAGUGGACACGUCCAGCGACAGCCCCUUCCUCAUCAUCCCGCUGACCUUCUACCACAUCAUUGACGACAACAGCCCUCUCAGAGCCUGGGCAGCAAAAGGUAUAUCUGAGUGGACUUCCUUUG